AUGGCGAUCGAUGGCGAGAAGAAGAAAGAUCCAAGAGCUUGGGAUGCGCUCACACCUUCAUUAGCUGAAUGGAUCCUAGAUGCCAUCUCAUCAAUGGGGUUUGAGAAAAUGACCCCAGUACAAGCAUCUACCAUUCCCUUGUUUAUGGGAAAUAAAGAUGUUGUUGUUGAGGUAGGUUCAUUGUAUCAUUUUUCAAAACUUCAUACUGACGAGUCCAAGGCUGUAACGGGUAGCGGGAAAACUUUGUCCUUCGUGAUACCUGUUGUGGAAAAGUUAUUGAGAUUGGAGGAACCCAUCAAGAAGCACCAUGUCGGUGCUAUAAUUGUCUCCCCAACUCGAGAGCUCGCGACUCAAAUUCAUUCGGUCCUCACCUCUUUACUCGCAUUCCACGAACCAUCUGCCGAAGCGCUGAAACCACUUGGGGAAGGCGAGAAGCGAAAACCUUCUUCGACGUUAAGAGUAGUCCCACAGCUUUUACUUGGAGGUACAACUACUCCAGCACAAGAUCUCAGCAGAUUUCUCAAGAAUAGCCCGAAUCUUCUCAUCUCGACACCUGGGAGAUUACUCGAAUUACUUUCAUCACCACAUGUUCAUUGCCCGCAAUCUUCCUUCGAGGUCUUGGUCUUGGACGAAGCAGAUAGGUUAUUGGAUCUAGGGUUUAAGGAUGACUUGCAAAAGAUUCUCAGUCGUCUGCCGAAGCAAAGGCGGACAGGUCUCUUCAGUGCCAGUGUUAGCGAAGCAGUAGGGGAAAUAGUAAGGGUUGGCCUGAGAAAUCCAGUGAAAAUCGCCGUGAAGGUUAAAGGGGCUGGAGGGAGUGAUAAAAUGACCCCUGCGAGCCUUCAGAUGUCUUACCUAUUGACUCCACCAACCCACAAGUUUCCUGCUUUACUAUCUUUACUAUCACAGCUUGAACCAACUCCUCAAAAAUCUAUCAUCUAUCUCUCGACUUGUGCGGCGGUCGAUUACUUCCAACCUAUACUCGAGGCAGUCUUGCCUAAGCAAUUUGCAUUGGUUUCAUUACAUGGCAAGCAUCCGCCCAACGUACGGCAAAGGAAUUUCUCGAAGUAUGUCACAGCAGUCACCCCAACGAUACUCCUCACCACAGAUGUAGCCGCAAGAGGUCUCGACAUACCACAGGUCGACUUGGUUGUACAAGUGGAUCCACCGUCAGACCCAAAAGUGUUUCUUCACAGAUGCGGACGAGCGGGCCGAGCUGGGCGAAAAGGAUUGAGUGUUAUUCUCUUACAGCCAGGACGAGAGGAAGAUUACAUUCCAUUUCUAGAAAUUCGUAAAACUCCAAUUACACCCCUCAAGCGCCCUGAAAUCAACAUCACUGAUGAUGCUGCCAAAAUUCUCAUCUCAAAGAUGCGCAAAGAAGUGCUCGCAGACCGUGCCCUUUACGAUAAAGGUCAACGUGCGUUUGUCAGCUGGGUCCAGGCAUACUCGAAACAUCAAGCAAGUAGUAUAUUCCGAGUUGCUGAUCUUGACUGGACUGACCUAGGCAAUGCUUGGGCACUUGUCAAAUUACCAAAAAUGCCUGAACUGAAGAAAUGGGAAGGUGAGAAGUCCUUGGGUAUCAAAUUGGAUAUGUCCGAGUACGCAUACAAAGACAAGAUUAGAGAGAAGGCAAGGCGAGUGGCAAUGGAUGAAGCGAAAGCUGCCGGGCCUUACGUACCAACUGAGGAGCAGAUAGCGAGGAGGAAGCAAAGGGAGGCUUGGAGUCAGAAGAACGAGAAGCAAGAUAUAAAAGAAGUGAAGAGGGAAAAGAAGAAGAGGAAGAGGGAGAUUGAAAGACUAGAUAGGCUGACAGACGAAGAGAGGAAAGAAGAGCAAGAAAAGGAGAUGGAGUUACAGGAUUUGAUUGAGCAGGUGAAGAAGAGGAAGAUCGAGGAUGAUGCUGAUGAAGAGUUUGAGGGGUUUGCUGAUUAA